CAAACUCGCUAACUGUAGCACGCAUGGAGGUGAAACUUGGUGCGCAUGUGUAUUACAUCGUUUCCAUGACGACCACAACAACAAAUAGCCUCAGGCACUUUUCUUUAAAAUUACUUCUUCACUCCUCAAACUUGCUAACUAUAGCACGCAUGGAGGUGAAACUUGGUGCGCAUGUGUAUUACAUCGUUUCCAUGACGACCACAACAACAAAUAGCCUCAGGCACUUUUCUUUAUAAUUACUUCUUCACUCCUCAAACUUGCUAACGGCAGCACACAUGGAUGGUAUGCAUUUCAUUUCCAUGACGACAACAGGC